CUCACUAACUAAAAGAUUCACUAUAACAAAAUAAUAGAAGAUAAAAAAUACAAUAAAAAAAAUGAGAAGUACAUAUUCUUUCAUUGUGCCACCACCACCAUGUCCACCACCAGCACUGUUCUUUAAACGCCUGAAUUUUCUCUCUCCUCCAACGGUGAAAUCUAAAACCCAUUUUUUUCCUAAAAUAACUUGUGAAGCCUCAAUUAAUCCUCCACCACCCGAGUUCGAUUACCGUUCCUCUCAAAUUUCUUCUGUUUCUCGUUCAGCUAUUUCAGAAGCUCACCCUGAACUUCUUGAUUUGGUUGAUAUGGGCUGUUUGGUCUUGGUCCAGAAACAUCAAUUUGGGCCUGUUCCUCCUUGGCGGGCCGAGUUUGUUGAGCCCGAUGAGAUUUGGUUGGUCGGUACUACUCACAUUGAUCGGGCCUCCUCUGCGCAUGUUGAUCGCGUUGUUCGGGCUCUUCGGCCCGAUAAUGUUGUCGUUGAGCUCUGUCGUAGUAGAGCUGGGAUAAUGUACACCUCCAGCAGCAGUCAGCCAGAAAAACCACUUAGGUCAAAUAUGUUUUCCUUAGGUGGUGCUGAAUUUUUCGGUGCUGUUGGCCGUAGCAUAAACUUGGGGGGACAAACUGCAUUAGCAUUAAGGCUAUUGUUGGCAGUCUUCUCAUCCAAAAUCUCUUCGGACGUUGAUCGACCCUUUGGAGAUGAGUUUCGCGUUGCUCGGAUAGUGUCUGAAGAAAUUGGUGCUCAAAUAGUGUUGGGUGAUCGGCCCAUUGAAAUCACUCUUGAGAGGGCAUGGAACUCACUGAAAUGGGGUGAAAAGCUGAGCUUAGUGGGUUCAGUUGUCCGUGGAAUCACAUCUUCAUCAGAUACAUCCAGAGACAAUGUGAAGGAAUUGGAUACUGAUGAUAGCUCUUACCGGCUUUAUGAGAAACUCAGCUCAGCAUACCCUUCCCUUUUACUGCCACUUAUACAUGAACGAGACACGUACCUAGCGUGGUCUCUGAAACGGAGCAAAGCUGUAAAUAACUGUAAGAGGGUGGUAGGAGUAAUCGGAAAGGGGCACUUGAAUGGAGUGAUUUAUGCACUUGUUUCAGACCAGGGUAAUCUACGCUUUCGUGACGUAGCUGGGAAAAAAGCUGGUGCUGUUGUUCCUAAUGCUUGGAUCAAUAAAUUCCUUAGAGAUUUGGCAAGAGAUACAUUGAUUGGGAUUCUUUUAUGGGCAUUAUAUGAGCAAUUGAAAUCUGGCUUUUGAGAGCCAAGAACUAAACAAAAAACUCCUAUUGUAACCUGUGAGAAAAGACUGUAUAUCAUGUUACAUGUAUCUUCAAUAUAAACGGGUUUAGAUUUUAUCAUCCCCCAUAAUUGAA